AGUAGUUCUUGCCCAGAACCUUCUACUCUGUCUAAACAGCGCAAACACAAAAACAUGCCUGAAAUGUGAAGACGCACUCUCAGAAAGAAAGAAGAACUGAGAAACAAAGAUGUUCAAGAAGGCAGUGGAAGCAAGGUCACACCAGAGACUGUCAGGGGCUGAUAGGAAGAAGCUUAAGAGAAGCCUCAAAAACAAAUUUCCCAGAGCUUCUGAGUCCGAUAUCGAUUCUUUACUCCCUCCCAAGGUGGAGAUAGCAGUUGCAAAGUUUCAAAAUCGAGUCCAUGUAUAUGGUGUAGAGGGAGGCUUUCCUAUCUUCUUUGAUAUUGAUGGGCGUGGCACAGACAUUUUUCCCACAGGUAUCACGCCAUCGUUUUCAAAUAUUCUUUCCUUAACGUGUAGUUUGGUAACAGAUGAUGGCUCUGCUGAUCAGUCGAUUGGGGAGGAUCAGCAUCCUCUUUCCACCGAGGAUGUAGACACGCUUUUAGAAAAAUGCCUUUUGCAAGCAUUGCAUACAACUGUUAAGGAUAAAGACCUUCCCACGCCUGGAAGCACACUUUGGUCAAACCAUGUUUUGCCUUGUAGGCCUUCCGGGAUCACGCUAGACAUCAAGAAAUCAAAGUGGUUACAAGCUAAAUCUUCUAUGGGAUUGAUUACAGUGAAAGAAGAUAAAUAUAAAAAGGAGUCCAUAUUAUUAUCCGUUAACCGCAAGCAUCCAGAUUACUCAUCUUUCAAGCCAGAGAAACGGCAAGUGGAGAAAACUGUUCAAACUGGUGUUCCUGCUGUCAGUGAAAGUCGGUCACUCAAAAUGCUUGAAGUGGUCGAGGUCUAUAAACCAAGUGUACACGUAAAUCCCAUAUUAGCUUCUGUAGGGACUGACACAGGAAAACUUUACAGUGCUUCAGAGGCCACUGAUAUUGUCUUUACAUAUGUUGAAAAAGAAAACUUGGUUAAGCAGACAGAUAAAUCCAUUGUGGUUUUGGAUCCAAUAUUAUGUGAUGCACUGUUCAAAGGAGCCAUAAAAAAAGGUACAAUGUACCCAACGGAAAUUCAUAAGAGGGAUUUAGGAGCAGCAUUUGUAAACCGGAUGCAAGCCCAUCACGUUGUGACGAGGGGAAGUGAGUCGGUUGUUCGUAAAGGUGGUUUGAAAACAAUACAAAUAAUGACAGAAAGGCGGCAAGGUAAUAAGAAAGUAACCAAAUUGUCAGGACUGGAAACUUUUUUGGUAGACCCUGAAGCUUUGGCAUCAGAGCUACAGAAGAAGUUUGCUUGCAGCACAACAGUGGCUGAACUACCAGGUAAGAAAGGGCAUGAAGUUGUGGUUCAAGGUGGUGUGAUUGAUGAUCUGGCAAAGCAUAUGAUUGAACAAUAUGGGAUCCCAAAGAGAUUCAUUGAGGUUCUUGAUAAAACCAGGAGAUGAGUGGUUGAGAAAGGUCAUAUUGUGAAAAGAAGGUGAUUUCAGAUUGGAAGUGGUGGCGUUGUUGAUUGUUGUGGAGGAAGCGAAGUGCACAACAGUAGUGCUUUGAUACAACGAACCCAUAGAAUGAGAACCAGAGGGCUUAAUUUAUUUAUUGAACUUGGAUUUGGAAAGUGCGGAGCUGAAUUUUCAAUGCAAUAUCUGAGUUUUU